CAGAAUAUGUUCAUGGAAAGUCGAAAUGAAUAAAUACUGCUAAAAAAACUAACACCACUGAUCACCGUUAUUGAUUUCCUACCUCUGUGGCAGCCGCAUCCCUCGGCGUGGUGGACAUCAGUGUUAGACCAUUUUAUUACUACACCGAGACACAGUUAAUUGGGAAGUAACGCGGUUCAAUACACAAAUAAAUACAUUACAGCUGUCAAGUGAUCGACAGAGAAUAUUAUUCAAUUUAAUCAUAAACUGAGAAGAAAAUGGCUCAAAAGAGGUUAAAAAAGGAAUGUAAAGAUAUAAACAUCGACCCUCCACCUGGUUGCUCAGCUGGCCCAGAUGAUGAUAAUUUAUUCAGAUGGUCAGCCUCCCUUACAGGACCAGAAGGAAGCCCAUACCAAGGAGGUGUGUUCUUCCUAAAGAUGAUGUUCCCAACAGAUUAUCCUUUUAAACCUCCAAAGGUUGUAUUUGACACAAAGAUAUAUCACCCAAACAUCAACAAUCAUGGUAAUAUAUGUCUGGAUAUACUGAGGUCUCAAUGGUCUCCGGCUCUUACUGUAGGCAAAGUGUUAUUGUCGAUACUUGCAUUGCUAUCGGAACCCAAUCCAGAUGACCCAUUAGUGCCAGAAAUAGCAAAACUGUACAAGACAGAUAAAAAGAAAUACUUGCAUGAUGCACGAGAAUAUACAAAAAAAUAUGCGCAAUGAUACUCACAUUAGUAGCCCUGUGAUCAGAGAAAUUAUUUACCGGUAUGUCUAUUUUUUAUGGAAAUUAGAAAGGAAAAAGUUUCCAUACACAAUAGUUUUUCAUGAACUAGUGUGAAUCUCACUUUCAUAUUUAAUGAGGAAAUGGGACUCAGUCCAUUAUGAAUACCUAGCCCCAUUUUCCCUAAAGACCAACAAAGGACUGGGUCAGACUGUAUUGAAUACAAUCCGGUGUAUCAGCAUAACCUUAUAUUUUAAGAACAUAUUCUAAUAUGCUUGUUUCUGUUAAAACACACACUAAAAUGAUGUCACGUUUAUGCCCUCUUCAGUCUUGAAAUUAUUCCUUCCGUAUAUUAAUAACGUAAUAACACAGUUUUACCUUAUGUUUUAAUUCAGAGUGAAUAUAAGGAUUCCAUUAUCGUACAAGCCCAUAAUUAUAUAUUUAAUGAGAAUCACUUUGAUAAAGCAUUUCUUUUACACUGAAACUUACCAGAAAGAAAAGAAAAGUCCAAUUUUUUUCUCUUUUGCUUUUUCCCUCAUUUUUAAUUUAACAUCAUACUUUGCAGUAUGAAAUGCUAUGAUUUCUGUUCAAUGAUAGGAAGUUUUCAUCAGUAAAAAAUUUGUUUGUUAUAUUUUGAGUUUGUUAGAGUUUUUGUUAAAUAUGGUCUUUGCCAGUAUCAAGGAAGUUCCUGUACAUACUGGUAGUUCUUUCUUGUAUUUAGGACUAUUAUUUUUAAAGUUUUUUUUUCUUGGACAAAAUGUCAUUUUGUAAGAAGAUCCUCAUUGGAAUACUUACUGAAAAUUUGUCAUUCCUAGAUUAAAAGAGUUUUAAAAUACUACUGUUUACUUCAUAUUGUAGGUAUGAAACACAGCAAAAAUCUAGUGUUAUCUUUUUUGUUGUCCUUAUUUGAAUGUGUAAUGUUGAAACUAGUAAGUUUUUAGAUAUUGUUUUGUUUCAAUAAAUGUUUUGUUCGCAUAUAUUCUGUGUGUGAUGCCAUUCCUAAUUGCAGCUAUGAGUGCUAUGUAAGCAAGACUGGUAAAAUUAUCAUCUGCUAGCGCUGGCAUACACUGUAGGCCCAAGCCUGUACAAAAUUGUUAAAAAUUGUGUCUUCAAAACCUAUUUUUAUGCCCUAGAUAAUUAUUAUACUUGAAUAUGCUCCUACUUGCAUACUAGACAAAAACUAAUUCAGGGGGAAUAUGUCCUGAUACCCCCAGGCAUGCUGAGCCUGCAAAUAUAUGGUCUGUAGCUAGGCUAUACCCUAGACUAUGCAGAGUAAAAUAUGAUGUGUCACUAGAUCUUGUAAAUGUGCUGUAUACAAUGUUUCAUACUAUAAGGAAUAUUUAGUCUUUCUUUUUUCAUGUUUCUACUGAAGUGUAAUGUUGUAGUGAAAUUUAAAUUUCCUGGGAAGAACUAGGUUAUUAAUUAUUUUUAUAUUGAGUAAAUGUAAGUUGGGAAAAUAAAAGUGGUAUUUUUUUUUUACUUUGUUGGAUUUUGAAAAGGAGGUUAUGUUUAAUGGGAUGAGUUUGCACUUUUAUACUGUUUUCAGUAACAAAUUAUUUGCAUAGUUGACUUUUGGGUCAUUCUUAUAUGUAGUCGUUCAUUCUUAAUAAAUCACGAAAACAUAUAUCUAAGAAAUGAUAUAUUGCAAAAUGUGGAUAUCAUAUCAUGAGUGCGCAGCCCGAGUGAUGUAAUAAUGAUGUAUUUUAUUUUGAUUCUAACAUGUUAUCAAGGAUUAUUUUGUACAUACAUCCUUGACAGCAAGCUGCCCCAUGUGGUUCUGGGACGAUCUGUGUAUGAAAAGAAUUGGAACCACUGUCUUACCCUUGCAUGAUCGUACGAGGCAACUAAUAGGGUCUUAAACUUGGUUUUGCAGUAACUCUGUAUGCACAUUUUGAUUCCAUACGUCAUGUUUUUAUUUCGAUGCAAAUGAGAUGUGAAACCAAAAUUUGUAGUCCUGUUUGGCGCCAUAUAACCUAUACUGUGUUGGUGCGCCCUAAAACCCAAAUAAAUAAAUAAAUAAAUUGACAGCAAGCUACAAAUAUUUGCCAGUUUUCUUUGUAGGUAUCUUCUCCAGGGUGCAACUAUGACGUUUGACACUUUGAAGUAAAAAUUUUGACAUACAAACAGUCAAUUGUUGCAUAAUAACAUAUAAUAUGAGCCGUGCCAUGGGAAAACCAACAUAGUGGCUUUGCGACAAGCAUGGAUCUAGACCAGCCUGCGCAUCCGCGCAGUCUGGUCAGGAUCCAUGCUGUUCGCUUUCAAAGCCUAUUGCUAUUAGAGAAAUUGUUAGCGAACAGCAGGGAUCCUGACCAGACUGCGCGGAUGCGCAGGCUGGUCUGGAUCCAUGCUGGUCGCAAAGCCACUAUGUUGGUUUUCCCAUGGCACGGCUCAUAUUUCAGUCAAUGUUAUUGUCAUUUUUAAGGGAGUGGAGUAAAGUUGAGCUAAGAAGUAGAUCACUUGCUUUUAACACCUUUGUUAUAUAUAUGCCUUCCAAGGCGAAAUAUAAAUGUAGAAUGGCCCUGUAAAGCAUAACUGGUGAAAAGGGAAAUUAAUGCUAAUCAACAUAAAAUUCAUUUAAUUUAGCUUGCUAGAAUUUAGAAUCGACCCAUUGGGGAUUCUGCAAGAAAAAAGUGCUAUCAUUACAAUAUAGUAAAAUUCUAAGAUUUUGUGUACGGUAUUUUACAGUCUAUAUAUACACAUGUGUUUUUAUAAUUGAAAUUGACUAGAAUUGGCAUCACUGCAUUUUACUUACUCAUUUACAGUUACUGUAAAAAAAGGUUUUAUUUAAAGUUUGAAAAACGUUGACAGCAAUGCAGAUUUGUUCCCCUUUAACUGCCCUCAGUUUAAUGUUCUUUUACAUUUAAAUGAGCCACACUGAUUUACAGUACAAGAGUUUUGCUUUGAGUGAAAAGACAUAAGCAUUUUACAUGUAGAUACAAACUUGAACUAACAUUUUUAACUCAUUUUACAGCAUGAAUUUAAAAUCUUUUUACUUACAAUGUUUGAAAAGUUUUCUUGAUAUUAAAAUGGUUGUGUGAAAAAUUAAAAUGAAGCUGGUUACACAUUUUGAUAUGAAAUGCAUAGUUUUAUCUUAUAUUGUGAAAUAACGAAGUAAGUGCUUGGCACCGAUAUAUUAAUUUUUUGGGGGGAUUAAAUAUGAUUUAAUUUUGGGCCAAAAUCUGUAGAGGGCUUGCUUCAAUUUGAUUUCUGGUGCCGUUUUAGAAAAUAAAUUUUGUAUUAUAAACAUUUUAAAAUAUUUCAUAUUUAUUAUUUUGGAAAUUGCCAAGUAUUACAGUAUGAUAUUGGAAUGUUUAAUGUAAAAUUGACUGUUUUUAUGGGAGUGUUUUAUGUGCAUAAUUGUGAAAUAUUUAAAGGCUGAUAGAAAUAUAUUUUGAGUGAGGUAAUUCUUCAUUAUUCUAUGUGAGACUGGUAGUAUGUAAAUGACAUGUUUGAUAUUAAAAAUAUUGGUAUAUAUACUGUGAUUCAUUUGUAUAAGGGACAUGCCUUCAGAUUUACACAUUAUUACAUGCACUAUGUUGGUUUUCUCAUGGUGCGGCUCAAAUUAAAUCUUUAUUACAUAAACAACAUAUAUUUACAAACAAACAAACAAAAGUACUUUCUAAAUUUUGACAAUUUGGUGUUAAAUCUAGAGACAUGCCCUUUAAAAAGAAUGUGAACAGCUGUGUAUUUAUGUUUUGGGUAUAUAUUUGGUGUGCUGGAUAGAAUUCUGAUCAAAAUGUAAUGAUUUGUUAUACAUGUUUAAUAUCUUGUUUUCCUUUUUGAAAAAAAUUUAUCAUAAGUUUUAAUAUUUUAACUUAGUUUAAGUUAAACAAAGUGGUAUAAAUAUAAAUUUAUGACAGAUUGCUGCUGAACAAAAUGCCCUCUUGCUUUGUAAAUAUAAACUAAAAACAAAACAAAAAAUUAUCAACACAGAUUUAAAAAGAAAUGUUUUACUUGUAAGUGAUCCAUCAUUAAACCAGAAAUCUGAAAUUAGGGUAUGUUUGAAAUAAUUUUUUUCUGCCUAAGUCAUUGUGAGCAGGGUGUGUGGGAUUUUUUGACUGUAUUCCACAAAAACCAUUCAUCUUUGUUACUUAUAUUAACAUUUCACAAUUAUAUACCCCUGAUUUUAUUUCACUAGAUGAUAUUGUCAUGUCUUUUCUGGCUGCUGAAAGAUAUGAUAUGUUUUUAAGAAUGUCUGCACCUCAUUACAUUUUGUUUUCUCUUUUCCAUAUGAAAUAGUUUUCACAGUUUAAGAUUGUUUUAGGUUCACGAGUUCAUUUGUUAGAUGUAGUAUUAUUAUUACAUUAUUGUAUUUAUGGCUUUUUAGAUCCUCUUGUUUUCUCCUUGUUUGAUUUUAAGUUAGAUUUUGUCACAGUGUUUGAUAAUUGUGCUUCAUUUGAAUUAUCAUGAUUUGUCUUUCAAAGGUACUGUAUAUAAAAUGUUAAAAACUAA